UGAGAAAAGAAAAUGAGCCUCCCUCCCUCUCGUCUCCUCUCUCUGCUCCUUCAUUGACUUGAAACCAAAGCUAACAGUCUUAUUCCAAUUUUCCACCAAAGUUCGAUUUGGUACGUCCUUAACUGGAUCCAAACUCUCUACUCUUCCCCCCUCUCUGCACUCAACAAAGCAGAGGAGAUCGGCAGAAGAAAACCCUAAAUUAAAUUAAAGAUCGAGAAUGUCGAAAUCGUUGCCUUAUUCCAUGAAAGAUGUCCAUUACGACAACGCCAAGUUCCGACAACGUUCACUCGUCAAGGUGAUCACACAGUCCUUACUCACCAGUAACGCAAAGCAUAAUUGUAUAAGUUGCAGUACAGGAAAGUUUUUAGCAUUAUUAAUGAUCUUUGGCUUAGCAUGUCUUAUGUUCACGCAUAAAAGUACCCCCCAUUCUGUUUCCCAAGGACAAGCUGAAGGAAUAAAGGGGAAUAAAGAAGUUAAGGGAAUUUCAGAUAGUGGAGGUAGAUUCCAAAGGUUUUGGAGGAAACCACCAAGACUUCCUCCUCAACUACCGCCUGAUGAAAAGGGUAGCAUUGGUAAUCUUCCUUAUGAACCACAGAAGUUAAAUACUGGUUCAAAAUUGGUGGAUAGGCAACAGAGAGUGCAGAAGGCUUUCAUCCAUGCUUGGUCAGGCUAUAAAAUGUAUGCAAUGGGCUAUGAUGAACUUAUGCCCCUGAGUCAGCGAGGAGUUGAUGGAUUAGGAGGUCUAGGUGCAACUGUUGUUGAUGCUCUUGAUACUGCCUUGAUAAUGGGUGCCGAUGAAGUUGUUUCUGAAGCAGGCUUAUGGAUUGAAACACACCUUUCUGAUAGGAUUAGCAAUAAAGGCCAAGUAAAUUUAUUUGAAACUACUAUUCGUGUCUUGGGUGGCCUCUUAAGUGCUUAUCAUUUAAGUGGAGGAGAGCAAGGGACAAAUUUGACGCAUAAGGGGCCUAAACCAACUGUCUAUCUUGAAACUGCUAGAAAUUUGGCUGAUCGACUGCUUUUGGCCUUUACUUCUAGCCCAACUUCUAUUCCCUUUAGUGAUGUUGUUCUGCAUGAUCCGUCAGCACAUCGAGCUCCAGAUGGAUUGAGUAGCACUGCAGAAGUUUCCACUGUGCAGCUUGAAUUUAAUUAUCUCAGUACUGUUUCUGGUGAUCCUAGGUACAGCAUAGAAGCUAUGAAGGUUUUGGAACAUAUAAAAGAUCUUCCAAAGGUCGAAGGACUGGUUCCCAUAUACAUAAGCCCUGACUCUGGUGAAUUUAGUGGGGAAAAUAUUAGAUUGGGAUCUCGUGGUGACAGCUAUUAUGAGUACCUUAUUAAAGUAUGGCUCCAGCAAGGGAGAAAUCAAGAUAGUAAUUUUACAUAUCUUUAUGAUAUGUACGAGGAAGCAGUGAAGGGUGUUAGGCACCUACUUGUUCAGAAAUCAAUCCCCAAUGGAUUGGUUUUUGUCGGGGAAUUGCCUUAUGGACCAAAAGGUUCCUUUAGUCCAAAGAUGGAUCACCUGGUCUGUUUCUUGCCAGGAACACUUGCUCUUGGUGCCACCAAGGGUCUCACAAAGGAGAAGGCAAUGAAAGAAAACUUGCUCAAAUUUGAAGACCUUGAAAAUUUGAAGCUUGCCGAAGAUUUAGCCAAGACAUGCUUUGAGAUGUAUUCAGUAACUUCUACUGGGCUUGCCCCAGAAAUCGCUUACUUCCAUACUGAGGAAUAUUCAGAACAUGGACUUGAUGGUGGGAAUAAGAAUUCAAAGUUUAUCAAUGACAUAAUAAUUAAACAUGCUGAUCGUCACAAUCUUUUGCGGCCUGAAACUGUAGAAUCACUGUUUAUCUUGUAUCGCAUAACGGAAGACCCCAAAUAUCAGGAAUGGGGUUGGCAGAUCUUUGAAGCGUUUGAAAAGUACACGAAGGUUGAUUCUGGUGGAUACAGUUCUUUAGAAGAUGUCACUGUGCUUCCUCCUCACAGAAGAGACAAGAUGGAGACCUUCUUCUUGGGUGAGACACUCAAGUAUUUCUACUUGCUAUUCGGGGAUAGAUCUGUUAUUCCUUUGGAUAAGUAUGUCUUUAACACAGAAGCUCAUCCCCUUCCUAUUAAAGGCUCAUGAGAGUACUUGUACAAUUUUUUUUCAUACAAAACAUGUGUGAAGAGAACAGUCCGGGGGAAGUGAAGUGAUUAUGAAAAAUUCAAGAGACUUACCUUCUGCGACGCUGUGCUCAGAUUUCUACAGAAAAGGAUAGUUCUCUUGGACAAAGCAAUUCGUAUAGUGGCAUGCUUGUAAGAUGGUAUAUUGUUUUUUUAGUGACGCUUCUCAUAAUUUUAUGUGGAUGGGUUUUUGCUCUAAAAGCAAUGAGGAUACAACCAGUUGUAAUUGACAUCACCAAUUUUCCAGUAUUAUUAACGACCAUUGAGCCCCAUUUGGCCA